AUGGUACAUUAUAGAAAUCCAUACGUGAACUACAUACGAAGGAAACCUUUGGCCCUUUUGGCACCAGUUACUGUGCUCCUUUUCAUCUACUUUAUCUUCUUUGGGUCCUCAUCGUCGACACCAUCCUCGAAAUCCGCCCCAAAGUAUAGCUACGACAAGAAAUCAAAGUCUUGGUUUACCUCGAACAACAAAGAUUCGGUAAUGGUGAAGAAUUUGCCCAAAAACCAUAUAGCCCAUUAUGACUUGAAUAAAUUAUCUUCAUCGACCGAUGCAUUAGCUAAGAAGGAAGAGGUGUUAAUCUUAACACCAAUGACCAAAUUUUUGCCUCAAUACUGGGAAAACUUGAACAAGUUGACUUAUGAUCAUUCAUUGAUCUCGUUGGGUUUUAUAUUUCCAAGAACAGAGGAAGGCGAUGAAGCGUUGAAGGAAUUGGAGACAGCAUUAAAGAAGAGCAAAGCUGGCAACACUUUAAACUUCAAAAAGGUUACAUUAUUGAGACAAGAUUCAAAUUCGUUAGGUAGUCAGUUGGAAAAAGAAAGACACGCUUUCAAAGUUCAGAAGGAAAGGAGAUCGAUGAUGGCAUUGGCAAGAAACUCAUUGGUGUUUUCUACUAUUUCACCUUCUACAUCGUGGAUUUUAUGGUUGGAUGCCGAUAUUGUCGAGACUCCGCCAACUUUGAUCCAAGACUUGGUGGCCCAUAAUAAACCCGUUUUGUCGGCCAAUGUAUACCAAAGGUACUUUGACGAAGAGAAACAGCAACAAUCUAUCAGGCCGUACGAUUACAAUAAUUGGGUUGAAAGUGAAGAAGGUUUGAAAAUAGCUGCUGGGUUAAGUGACGAUGAGAUUAUUGUUGAGGGAUAUGCCGAAAUGGCCACAUAUAGAGCAUUAAUGGCCCAUUUCUACGAUGCUACUCAAGACGUCAAUUCAGAAAUGGCAUUGGAUGGUGUUGGCGGUGGUGCAGUAAUGGUCAAAGCUGAUGUCCAUCGAGAUGGAGCUAUGUUCCCAUCGUUCCCAUUUUACCAUUUAAUUGAGACAGAAGGAUUUGCCAAGAUGGCAAAAAGAUUGGGAUAUGAAGUAGUGGGUUUGCCCAACUACUUGGUGUAUCAUCACAAUGAAUAG